AUGUCGGAAACGGCUCCUGCUGCCUCCUGCAGCCUGGUCCCAGCUCCCGUCGAGAAACCUCCCGCUAAGAGGCGAGGGAAGAAGCCAGGCCUGGCCGCGGCUCGCAAACCCCGGGGUUUCUCGGUUUCCAAGCUGAUUCCCGAGGCCCUUUCGACGUCCCAGGAACGGGCGGGAAUGUCGCUUGCGGCCCUGAAGAAGGCGCUGGCGGCGGCCGGCUACGACGUGGAGAAGAACAACAGCCGCAUCAAGCUGGCGCUCAAGAGGCUGGUGAACAAGGGGGUCCUGGUGCAGACCAAGGGCACCGGCGCCUCCGGCUCCUUCAAGCUCAGCAAGAAGGCGGCUCCCGAGAACGUCAAGGGUAAAGCCAAGAAAUCUGCUUCGGCCAAGGCCAAGAAGCUGGGCUUGCCCAGGGCCUCGAGGUCCCCCAAGAGCGCCAAGACUAAGGUGGUCAAGAAGCCGAAGGCGACGCCCGCAAAAGCAUCCGCGAAGACCAAAGGCACCAAGGGUGUGCAGGCGCGGAAAAGCCCGGCCAAGGCGAGGGCAGCCAACCCCAACGCUGGCAAGCCAAAGAUGGUCCUGCAGAAGACCGACCUGAAGAAGGCAGCAGCGAAGAAGUGA